AUGUCGCUCCUCAUCUGCGUUUGGACGACUUUAGCGGCGUUAUGCUGUCCCGCCUGGACGCAGGCCCCCGAGUUGGCGGACGUGUGCACGGAAGGCAGCUGCUACCCGGCCACGGGUGACCUCCUGAUCGGACGCGCCCACAAGCUGGAAGCCUCGUCCACCUGCGGACUCCGACGAAGCGACACUUUCUGUAUCGUGGGACACCUGGAGGAGGAGACCAAGUGCUUCCAGUGCGACUCCAGGGACCCGUACGAUGAGGACGUUAACCCGCAGAGCCACACCGUGGAGAACGUGGUCACCACCUUUGCACCCAACCGCCUCAAGACGUGGUGGCAGUCGGAAAACGGUGUGGAAAAUGUGACCAUCAAGUUGGACCUGGAGGCCGAGUUCCACUUCACACAUCUUAUCAUGACCUUUAAGACGUUCCGGCCGGCCGCCAUGGUGAUCGAACGUUCGAUGGAUUUCGGGAAGACGUGGCAGGUUUACCGCUACUUUGCUUACGACUGCCGGGCGACGUUCCCUACAGUGUCCCCGGGGCCCAUGGUCAAGGUGGACGACAUCAUCUGUGACUCGCACUACUCUGACAUCGAACCCUCCACCGAGGGAGAGGUGAUAUUUCGGGUGCUGGAUCCCGCCUUUGAGAUUGAGGACCCGUACAGCUUGAGGAUCCAGAACAUGCUGAAGAUUACCAACUUGCGUGUCAACUUCCUAAAACUGCACACGCUUGGCGACAACCUGCUAGAUACGCGAAAGGAGGUGACAGAGAAGUACUACUACGCCAUCUACGAUAUGGUCGUACGCGGCAACUGCUUCUGUUACGGCCAUGCGUCUGAGUGCGCCCCUAUUGACGGGGCGCCGACGGGGGCCGAGGGAAUGGUCCACGGGCGGUGCGUGUGCAACCACAACACCGAGGGCUUGAACUGCGAGCGAUGCAGGGAGUUCCAUCACGACCACCCCUGGAGGCCGGCCGAGGGCCGUAACACGCACGCUUGCAAGAGGUGCGAGUGUAACCAUCACUCCGGCUCCUGCCACUUCGACAUGGCCGUCUACAUCACCACGGGUAACGUCAGCGGUGGCGUAUGCGAUGACUGUCAGCACAACACAGUAGGCCGCCAGUGCGAGCAGUGUGCACCCUUCUUCUACCAGAACCCCAACCGUGACCUCCGGGACCCCAACAUCUGCGAACCUUGUAAUUGUGACCCAGUAGGCUCCCUGCAGGGGGGGCUGUGUGACGCCAGGACGGACGUGGUUGCCGGACUCAUCUCGGGCCAAUGCCGUUGCAAAGCCAAUGUGGAGGGGUCGCGCUGCGACCACUGCAGACAUGGACACUAUGGACUAGGACAGGGGUCGCACGGAUGUCUGGCUUGCGCCUGCAACCCACUGGGAACACUGCCUGGAGCCAACUCUUGCGACUCGGAGUCAGGAAGGUGCUACUGCAAGCGGCUGGUCAGCGGACAUGAGUGCAACCAGUGUCUGCCACAACACUGGGGUCUGUCCAAUGACAUGGACGGAUGCAGACCUUGUGACUGCGACCAGGGAGGGGCCCUCAACAAUAACUGUGACCCGGUGUCUGGACAGUGUGAGUGCAGGGAGCACAUGUUCGGUCGGCGGUGCAACCAGCUGGAAUCCGGCUACUACUUCAUUGCUCUGGACCACUACACCUACGAGGCUGAGGAUGCCAAGCGCGGACCUGGCGUGGUGUUGGUUCACAGACCUUACCCUCUGGAUCGCAGCCCAACAUGGACCGGGAUGGGUUUUGUUAACGUACCAGAGGGAGCAUAUUUAGAGUUCAUCAUUGACAACAUUCCAGAUUCCAUGGACUACGAUGUUCUCAUUCGCUAUGAGCCGCAGCUUCCGGAGCAAUGGGAGCAAGUCAACGUCGAAGUCCAGCGUCCUGUCUUCCAUUCUCAAAACUACCCCACCCACUGCAGCGGUUCAUUCAGCGACGGAGACGAGCAGUACGUCUCUCUGCCACCCGGUUCAAGACACAUGUUGCUGCCCAGUCCCGUGUGUUUUGAGAAGGGACAGAACUACACGGUGCGCCUCAGCUUGCCCCGCUACUCAUCCUACAGUGACAUGCAGAGCCCGUACACACUCAUUGAUUCUCUGGUGUUGAUGCCCAGGGUGCAGGAACUGGAAAUGUUCCAUGGCACAGAAGGUGAAGCAGCAUGGGAUACUUUUGAGCGCUACCGCUGCCUGGAGAACAGCCAGAGUGUGGUCAAGAGCCCAAUGACAGACAUAUGCAACGACUACAUAUUCAGUGUCUCUGCACUGCUGCACAAAGGAGCCAUGCCAUGUAAGUGUGACCCGCAAGGUUCCGUCAGCGCCGUGUGCGAUCCCAGCGGAGGCCAGUGCCAAUGUCGCCCCAGAGUUGUUGGCAGGAACUGUGACCACUGCGCCCCCGGCACCUUCCUCUUCGGCCCCGCCGGAUGCAGGCUUUGUGAGUGCGACCCCCGAGGGUCAAACGAUGCACUUUGCCAUGAAUCGACGGGACAGUGUACAUGUGUUCCUGGGGCCACGGGGCGCCAGUGUGCCCACUGUCUACCGGGAUUUUGGGGAUUCCCUAAUUGCCGUCCAUGCCAAUGUAACGGCCACAGUGAGGUCUGCCACCCCGAGACAGGAGAGUGUCAAGGCUGCCGAGACUUAACCGCCGGACAUUACUGUGAGAGAUGUCUGAAUGGCUACCAUGGUAACCCAGAGCGGGGCUCCGGCAGCCACUGCCGACCGUGCUCGUGCCCCGACGGCCCACGUAGCGCACGUCAGUUUGCCGACAGCUGCUACAUGGAGGCCAGGACAAACCAGCUGGUGUGUGUUUGCAGCACUGGCUACAAAGGUGCCAGAUGUGAUGAGUGUGCCCCAGGUCACUUUGGCAACCCGUUGGUGCCCGGCGGGCGCUGCUUGGCGUGCCAAUGCAACGGAAACAUUAACAUGCAAGACCCCAAGUCCUGUGAUGCUCGUACAGGGUCAUGUCUCAAGUGUCUGUACCACACAGACGGUUAUGCCUGCCAGAACUGUAAAACUGGUUACUAUGGCAAAGCCUCCACUCAGAGCUGCAGAAAGUGCAUGUGCCAGCCGACGGGCACAGCCCCACAUGCGUGUUCAUCACCGGAUGAGUGCCAGUGCGACCAGCACAGUGGCCAAUGCCCCUGCCUGCCCAAUGUGGUGGGCCAGAACUGCGAACGCUGCGCUGAGGACACGUGGAACAUGGCGAGCGGGACGGGUUGCCAGCGAUGUGAUUGCGACCCCGUCCACUCCUACGGCUCCUCCUGUGAUGAGGUGACGGGACGGUGCUCGUGUAAACCAGGAUUUGGUGGCAGGACGUGUCGAGAAUGUCGGGAGCUCUUCUGGGGGGAUCCAGAGGUCAAGUGUCAUGCGUGUGACUGCGACCCUCGUGGGAUUUCUAGCGACCAGUGUGAUCGGGUGACUGGACACUGCACCUGCGUGGAGAGCGUUUCGGGCCCACGGUGUGACAAAUGCGCCAGAGGCUACCAGGGGGAAUUCCCGGACUGCCAGCCUUGCCACCAGUGCUUUGCUAACUGGGACGCGGUGGUUGAAGAGCUCACCAACCAAACUCACCGACUGGAGGCAAAGGUGACGGAACUGCAGACCAGCGGCGUGACAGCACCGUACAAAGACUUAGUGACCAGCCUGGAGACAAACAUUAAGGCGGUCAGGGAAAUUGUGGAGAGGAACCCUGCAGCAGUGAAGCUUAUGGAGAACCAGGACCUCAUGCACCAGAUCACCGGCGUCAUGUCCUACCUUGAUGGCAAGCUUAACACCACAGAGGAGACCCUGAACAUCCUCCAAAGCGAUGCCAACGCUACCGACGUAAACCUGGACGAGCUGACAGAGCAGGCCAACCAAUUAGCGCGCCGUGUCCAGGAACUCAGGCAGCAGGUGUUUGAUGCCAAGAAUGCCAACUUCGAGGGUGCCAUGGACACCAUCACAGAGGCAAACGAGGAAUCGUUACUUGCAGAAAUCAGAGUUAACGCUUCAACCAGUGACCCUGGAAACACGGUGCAGCAGUCGGGAACACUUCGCAAGGUGACUGAGGAGAAGCUGAAUACCAGCAGGAAGGAGUUUGAUCGCAGGCAUCAGCGAAACAAACAGAAAAUGGACAAGCUCACGGAUGAGAUGGACAAACUAAAUUUGUCACUUCUAAGCGAGAAGGUGUGCGGCAGUGAGGCUCAGGGUGACGAGUGCUCUGGCUCUUCUUGUGGCGGAUUGGGCUGUGUCGAUGAGAACAAUGCUCCCCAAUGUGGUGGCGAAGGAUGCAAAGGCAUCAUUGCGACCUCCCAAAGUGCUCUCAAGUCAGCCAGGGAGCUAGACGAGGAAAUUCUUGAAGCCAUGAAGGAAGUGGAUAAGCUUUCCAGGAUGGUGUGGGAGGCCAGCAAUCGAGCGAGGGAAGCCAAAGUAAACGCUCAGCAGGUGCUGAUUAAAUCUAACCAGAGCAAAGAGCGAGUGGAGCGGAGCAACGAGCAACUGCGCAGCCUCAUCAAAGACAUAAGAGAUCUACUCACGAACGACAAGGCCAACGCGUCUAUCAUCGAGGCUGUGGCCAAUGAGGUCUUGGAACUGGAGAUGCCCACGUCGACAGAAAAGCUACAGGAGCUGACCGCCGAAAUCAAGGAGAAGGUCAGCGCUCUGACCAAUGUUGAGAGCAUCCUUAGCCAGAGCGCUAAUGACAUGAAAGCAGCAGAGGAGCUGUUGAGGCAGGCCGAGGCCGCAAAUCAGGGCGCCAAAGACUUGAAGGAGAGGACAGACGCGGUGAAGACAGCUCUCGACGAGACCGAGCGUGCUCAGAGCCUCGCCGCGGAUGCCAUCCGAUUGGCCCAGAACAACACAAAGGGAACGAUGGACUUGAUACUUUCCGUGGACUCGGAGACGGCGGAGUCAGAGCUGCGUCUGGGCAACACCACGGGGCGGCUGCUGCAGCUGGAGCGCGAGGUGGGUCUACUGCGGCAGAACGAGCUCGAGGUCAACAGCCUGACGGAGACGGCCGACCGGACGAGCGAACGGGCCAAGAAGGAUGCCGACGAGGCCCAGCAGGAGUUUGACUCGGAGGUCAAAAACAAACUGGAAGAAGUGGAGGACAUGAUGGAGGACAAAGGGGAGUCGGUGCUGCAGGCGAGGGAACGAGCUGACGAGUUGCGUAAGGAAGCCGGCGAGCUGCUGGCUCAGAGUAGCAACAAGCUGCAGAGAUUGCAAGAGCUGGAGAGCUCCUAUGAGGCCAACCAGAAGAUCCUCGAGGCUAAAGCCGCAGAGCUGGCCCAUUUGGAGGAGAACGCCCGCCGAGUCCUGGAUGAUAUCAGCCACAAGGUGAUGCUGUACAGCACCUGCCAGUGA